AUGACGGUGAAUUAUGUAGAGGUCAAUUGCCAUGCAUGUUCCUCCUCCUACAUUGCGUUUACGCUCUCUGAAUCUGAAGGUUCAGUCAUCGGUAGUGUGUGGUCACAAGUACCAGAAACACAUUUUCUAUAUUGCAUUGAGAUACUAUUGACUUGUAUGGCCCAGAAACCUCAUGUACUUAUUUUCCCCUUUCCUGUACAGGGUCAUAUCAAUUGUAUGCUGAAGCUUGCGGAGCUUCUGUGCUGCAGAGGCCUCCAUGUUACCUUCCUUAACUCACAUCACAUCCAUGAACGUCUUCUUUGCUGCACUGACAUUCAUUACCAUUUCAGCCAAUAUCCUACCUUCCAUUUUGAAACCAUCUCUGAUGGGCUUCCGGCAGACCACCCUCGGACCGGCGAUCGUGUUGUGGAGCUCUUUCAUGCCGUAAAUGCCACAACAAAACCUCAGUUUAGAGACAUACUUACAGGUCUCCAAUUCCAUAGCCCUAACGGGAGACCUGCAUUGACAUGCAUAAUUGCAGACGGGAUCAUGUCUUUCACUGUUGACGUUGCCAAAGAACUCCAUAUUCCCACCAUAUUAUUCCGAACUGUUAGUGCUAGCUGCUUCUGGGCUUUUCUGUGCGUUCCAAAGCUCCUUGAAGCUGGCGAACUUCCAUUUAAUGGUGAAAAUGAUAUGGAUAAAUUGCUUUCCAGUGUGCCGGGACUGGAACGCUUCAGGAUGCGUGAUCUUCCAAGUUUCUGUCGCACGAGUAAUCUAGCUGACCCUGGUUUCCAAGUGGUCAUAUCUGAAACUCUGCAAAACCUUAAAGCAGAUGGACUCUUACUCAACACAUUCGAAGACCUAGAAGAGUCCGCAUUAUCACAUAUACGCACUCACAUUCCAAAACUAUACACCGUAGGACCACUUCAUGCACAUCUAAAAGCCAGAGAAGCUUCCAGUCCCGCGCUGCAGCAACCAUCUUCAAGCAGCCUUUGGAAAGAAGAUAGAAGCUGCAUGGCAUGGCUUGAUAGGAAACCCCUAAACUCUGUGAUCUAUGUAAGUUUCGGAAGCAUGACAGUGCUGACAAGAAAUCAGCUUUUCGAGUUUUGGCAUGGACUGGUGAACAGUGGGAAACCUUUUUUGUGGGUUAUAAGGCCAAAAUCUGUGAACGCAGAUGGAGAUAUUCCGGCAGAGCUUCUGGAGGGCACGAGGAAAAGAGGAUACAUGGUGGGAUGGGCACCACAACAGGAAGUCCUGGCACAUCCAGCUGUAGGUGGAUUUUUGACUCACAGCGGCUGGAAUUCUACAUUGGAAAGUAUAUGCGAAGGGGUGCCUAUGAUCUGCUGGCCUUUCUAUGCUGACCAACAGGUGAAUAGUAGGCUUGUUGGGGAGGUUUGGAAGGUGGGUUUGGACAUGAAGGAUACUUGUGAAAGAGCAACCGUUGAGAAGAUGAUAAAGGAUCUGAUGGAUGUGAAAAGAGACGAGUUCAUAUUAUGUGCUAAAGAGAAGGCGAAAUUGGCAAGAAAAUCUGUGGAACAAGCAGGCUCAUCCCACUGCAAUUUGGAUCGGCUGAUUGAUGAUAUAAAUAUGAUGAACUUUGCCAAAUGA